UUCUGCCGCCCAAUGAAGAGAUUCGCCGUUUGUCCGUGUGUGACUGUAGCGUGGGUCAGUGCAAAUCAAACGGACAGAGGGCGGGGAAACAGUCGCCGGUGAGGAACAGACACAUCUCACCCGCUUGCUCGAUGGUGCCUCGGCAGAUUCCAUUACAGCGUCUUAAGAUCCAGUGCGAGGUGCUUCGGGCCUGAAAAUGGACUCUAUUUCCCUGCUGGGCAGCAGCCCGGCCAGCACCAAAGUCUGCUUCCUACCAAACGGCCUGAAGAACGGCUCCAGAGAGGGAUCGGGCAAGCCCACGGUCGGCAUCAUCGGUUCAGGAGACUUCUCCAAGAGCCUGACCCUGCGUCUGCUCCGCAGCGGCUUUCACGUGGUGGUGGGGAGCCGGCAGCCCAAGAGAGCGGCCGAGUCGUUCCCGCACGUGGUAGACGUGACCCAUCACGAGGACGCAGUGGGGAAGGCCAACAUCGUGUUCCUGGCCAUCCGCAGAGAGCACUAUUCCUCCCUCUGGGACAUCAAACACCUGCUGGCUGGAAAAAUACUGGUGGACGUCAGCAACAACAGACGGGUCAACCAGUAUCCAGAAUCGAACGCCGAAUACCUGGCCUCCCUGUUCCCAGAAUCCACUGUGGUCAAAGGCUUCAACGUGAUCUCGUCCUGGGCCAUGCAGUCGGGCCCCAGAGACUCCAGCCGACAGGUCUAUAUUUGCAGUAAUUCAGUGGACGCUCGACAGCAGCUCAUUGAAAUGGCCCGUCAGCUCACUUUCAUCCCCGUGGACAUGGGUGCGCUCUCCUCGGCCCGAGAGAUCGAGAAUAUGCCGCUGCAUCUCUUCACCGCCUGGAAGGGACCCGUUCUGACCGCGGUGGCCUUGUCCAUCUUCUUUUUCGCUUACUCGUUCGUGCGGGACAUUAUCCAUCCUUACAUGAAAACCAGGCAGAGCUUUUUCUACAAGAUUCCUCUGGAAAUCGUGAACAGGACGCUGCCUGUGGUGGCUAUCGUUCUGCUAGCGCUGGUGUAUUUAGCGGGACAGCUUGCCGCCGUGUACCAGCUCAUCUACGGGACGAAGUACCGCCGCUUCCCGCCCUGGCUGGAGGGAUGGCUGGAGAGCCGCAAACAGCUGGGCUUGCUGAGCUUCUUCUUUGGCUGCAUUCACGUGCUGUACAGCCUCUGCCUGCCCAUGAGACGCUCGGAGAGAUACCUGAUGCUCAACAUGGCCUAUCAGCAGGUGCACGCCAACAUAGAGAACUCAUGGAACGAAGAGGAAGUGUGGAGAGUGGAGAUGUACGUUUCCUUUGGCAUCAUGGGUUUAGGGCUCCUCUCUCUAUUAGCUGUCACUUCCAUUCCGUCGGUGCACAACGCACUCAACUGGCGAGAGUUUAGCUUCAUCCAGUCCACUCUAGGCUACAUCGCCCUGCUCAUUACCACGUUCCACGCUCUGCUCUUCGGCUGGCAGCGGGCGUUUCUGGAGGAGUCUUAUCGCUUCUACAUGCCGCCCAAUUUUGUCCUGGCCCUGGUUCUGCCCGUCACGGUGAUAAUCGGAAAAGUGGUGUUGCUGCUUCCCUGCGUGAGCCGGAAGCUGAAGCGGAUCAGGCGUGGAUUAGACUCCAAUCAGAGCCGCACCAACCACGAGAGACCAGCUGCCCACGUUUCACCUGAGAGGGUCACCAUCAUGUAACCGCACCGCAGUUUUUCAUGUCACAGUAACGCUAAACUCUCAGCCUUUCGUUUCUAAUCAUGCAUAUAACACCUGGCCAGCAUACAGCCUGUCUAUAAGUUGACAUUUCAGCUGCUUUAUUGGACUUCAUGUCAUGUUUUCUUUACGAGUAGGAGUUGAGUCAGACCUGUAAUGGUCACGUGACCUCAUUGCCCCUGUCAUGUGACCGGACGAGCCUUAUUGCAUACCCAACUUCAUUAAAAACAAUGUUAUUUACGCACACUCUACUGUUCACAAAUUUGGGGUCAGCAGGAUAUAAUACGUUUUUUAAUGUUUCAUUUUUAAUGCUCACCAAGGCUGCUUUUAUUUGAUUAAAAAUGCUGUAAAAUUGAAAAAUAUUAUUAGAAUUUAAAAUAAGUGCUAUUUAUUUGAAUAUAUGUUGACAUGUAAUUCAUUCCUGUGACGCAAAGCUGAAUUUUCAGCAUCAUUCCUCCGGUCUUCAGUGCCAUACGACGCUAAUGCGCUGCAAAAGAAACAUUUCUUCUUAUUAUUAAUGAAAAUUGUUCUGUUGCUUAAUUUGUGGAAAUGAGAUUUUACAUAAAUGUCGUUACUCUCAUUCUUUUAUAAAUGUAAUGCAUCCUCGACGAAUACACUUUGUUGUUUGAAAAGUAAAAUCUCACUGACCCCAAAUUUGAACGCAUAUGAAUGCGCAGUUCGAUGAAAUCUCAUGCCAAAACUCUGGCUUAUGUCUUUACGUCAACAUGUAAAAUUAUCUUUGCAAUCUUCCAUCAACAUGUAACUUUAUCCGCACGGGAAAUGUUUAAAGGUUAUGGCCGAAAUGGCACAUAACUAUAGCUUUGUGAUCGAAACGCUCCUGACGUUCACAUCCCGGGUUUCAUUCUAGUAUCCACUCAUUUCCCAGUGGGACUCUCUGAAGUACUGCCCUGUUUCGCUAAGAAAUAUAUCAAAGACGUUAAAUGGGUUGUGAGUGUUAUUUCAUGUUGACUUGAGUAUAAUUGGAGCAUUUUUUUGUUGCUUCGUGUGACAGACCGACGUUAGUAUCGCACUGAAUCUGUUUUAACAUCUAUGCUGGCAAAACGGCACCAUGACGAGUUCAUUCACUGGAAAUGACCUGCACAGACUCGCAGCUUGACAUCUCAUGCUAACAGACAGCUCUUUUCUACACCGUUUCCUGUGAAACUGUUUUGUGUCACUUGUCUUGUUGCACCACGCUAUCUGCCUCCAGUGUUGUUUGGUAGCAGUGUGAACACUCACUUGAUGUUUGGAGUGAGUAACAAUAAAUACAAAUGUAUAGAA